CUCAUUCUCAUCAGAUGCGCUUGGAGACGAUGAGCCAUUUCGCCUGCAAUCAAAUCAGUCCAAAUCCGACGUAGUUUCGAUGACAGUCAUCAAAAUCUUUCCAAUUGCUCCCGCGGUGGCGCACGAUCGACUAUCGAGGAUCUUCCCGGACUCAAAUUAAGUAGUACAAUAUAUGGCCUUUUUUACCAACACAAGAUGCAUUAGGGUUUAUUUAUUUCUCCACCAAACUCUUCAACCUCAUGAACGUUUUUGAAGCGAUCGCCUACCGAACUUAGGUGAAUUCUGAUAUUCUUCCUGACCGAUUUCCGUCGGUCAGCCAUCGGGUCCCACCAAUGUCAAUGGUAGUACGAAUUUAACGGUGGAGAUACGCUGGUGUUGGAUUUGGUUUCGCAUCAGGCGCUGUACAUUGUGGGUAUAUAUAUGAUCGAAGCAACUGAAGAAUGGGCAGAGUAAGAGAUUGGGAGGUGUGUGAGAUCGUGCCACCACCACCCGUUAAAGAUGGGGAUUUUUUGGCUGAUCGAUUAGGGAGAGGGCACCCUACGCCACCCACUUUAUAUUUCACCAAACUUCUCUCAGUUUUUUUUUCCCAUUUUUUCUUAAUUUUUUUUUCUUUUGAUUAUUAUUAUUUUGUUGCUGUAUGAUGUAGGAUAACCUACGCAUAUAUAAAGCUUCAAGCUUUUCUCUUAUCUCGAGACUAAUCUACAAAUGCUCUUUUAGGCUCUCAGAUUUGUUUCUCGGAGGACUAAAAAUAAAAGGGCCAACAAGAAAAACCCAUCUCUAUAUUUUAGAGUAGCAAGAUGAGGGGAGGUCUGUGGCAACUAGGCCAAUCAAUUACCCGCCGACUUGCACAGGCUGAUAAGAAGGCUGUGGGACGGAGAUUCUUUUCUGCAGAGUCUGAGCUCAAAAAGACUGCUCUAUAUGAUUUUCAUGUUGCUAACGGUGGGAAGAUGGUUCCAUUUGCUGGAUGGAGCAUGCCUAUUCAGUACAAGGACUCGAUAAUGGAUUCUACUGUGAACUGUAGGCAGAAUGGUGGACUGUUUGAUGUUGCCCAUAUGUGUGGACUGAGCCUUAAGGGGAAGGAUUGUAUCCCUUUCCUUGAAACACUCGUUGUUGCUGACGUUGCUGGGCUUGCUCCUGGAACUGGGACACUAACUGUCUUUACUAAUGAGAAAGGAGGAGCCAUUGACGACUCAGUAAUCACCAAGGUGAAGGAUGACCACAUAUACUUGGUUGUGAAUGCGGGCUGCAGAGACAAGGAUUUAGCUCACAUUGAGCAUCAUAUGAAGGCCUUCAAGGCGAAGGGCGGGGAUGUCUCAUGGCAUAUUCAUGACGAGAGAUCUCUUAUAGCACUGCAGGGCCCUCUUGCUGCACCAGUUCUUCAACACUUGACAAAAGAGGAUCUGAGCAAACUUUACUUUGGUGAGUUCCGCAUUUUGGAUAUCAAUGGAGCUCACUGCUUUCUCACCAGGACAGGGUACACGGGUGAAGACGGAUUUGAAAUUUCAGUCCCUUCAGAGCAUGCAGUGGAUCUUGCCAAAGCAAUCCUGGAAAAAUCAGAAGGGAAGGUAAGACUGACAGGAUUGGGUGCCCGAGAUAGUCUUCGACUUGAGGCAGGCCUGUGUUUAUAUGGAAAUGACAUGGAACAACAUACAACACCCGUCGAGGCAGGAUUAGCAUGGGCCAUAGGAAAAAGGAGGAGAGCAGAAGGCGGUUUUCUCGGUGCCGAGGUAAUUCUGAAACAACUUGCAGAGGGCCCAGCAGUAAGGCGUGUUGGUUUCUUCUCUUCAGGCCCCCCUGCAAGAGGCCACAGUGAGAUUCAGAAUGAGGAAGGAAAAAACAUCGGAGAAAUCACCAGCGGAGGAUUUAGCCCCUGCCUCAAGAAGAAUAUUGCUAUGGGUUAUGUGAAAUCUGGAUCUCACAAGGCUGGCACCAAAGUUAAGAUUGCUAUCAGAGGAAAAACCUACGAUGGUGUUGUCACUAAAAUGCCAUUCGUUCCUACAAAAUACUACAAGCCAGCAUAAUUCUUCAUGUUUACUAUGUGACCUGUCCCUAAGAUUUUUCUGAUAUGGCCCAUGUCUUCUGACCAAAUUCUGUAUUUGCGAGAUGUCAGAAGCAUUGGGUUAUUUUGUUUCUCAACUGCACUAGUCAGAACUUGUAGAUGAUGAAAAUGUAAUCUUGCACUGGCAGAGCCACUUGCAUUUCAGCAUCUGUUGAACAAUCUGAACUAUAACUUGUGUCAAUCUGCAUAAUAGAGUACCCACUUUGAAAA